AUGAAAGUCUCUCAAUCCUUACUACCAUUCCUCCCCAUCGUCUCGGCCUUGAACGUGGGAGAUUAUGGACAUCCUAUUGAAGACCUCAACAAGGAUCUCCCAUUCUCUCAACCCGUAACAUUCGCCCAUCUAGAAUGGCAAAGAUGCCUAGCAGCCGACCAUGAAGAACCCCUCGACAUCGCAAUCCUAGGCUUCCCCUACGACACAAGCACCUCCUACCGACCCGGCGCCCGCUUCGGACCACGCGGCAUCCGCGCCGGCUCCUCACGCGAAAAGAAAGGCCGAAGCUACAACCCAGUAUGGGGCAUCGACCCCUUCGAAGAAGGCCUCUCCAUCCUCGACUGCGGCGACAUCCCCAUCACCCCCUUCGACGCAGCCCACGCCUUCAAGCAGAUGGAGCAAGGCUACCGACAAGUGCUCUACCACCCGACCACGGCGACAAGCGCAAGCGGGUGGGCACAUCCGCGCAUCAUCAGCCUGGGCGGAGACCAUUCCAUCGUGCUGCCGAUCCUGCGCUCGCUGAAGAGUGUUUAUGGGCCUGUUUCUGUCAUCCAUUUGGACUCGCAUUUGGAUACGUGGGAUCCCUACGAGGGGUAUACGGGGAUUGCGUCGGAGCAGUCUGCUAUUACGCAUGGCACGUUCUUUUGGCAUGCGAGUCGGGAGGGGUGUGUUAAUAAGGGGGCUAGUGUGCAUGCGGGGUUGAGGACGAAGUUGUUUGGGGUUAGGGAUUAUGAGAUUGAUAGUGAGGUUGUGGGAUUUCAUCGGAUUGAGGCGAGGGAGAUUGAUGAGAUUGGGGUGCAGGGGGUUAUUCGAAGGACGUUGGAUGUUGUUGGGGAUAAUCCGGUUUAUCUCUCUAUUGAUAUUGAUGUCUUAGACCCGAGUAUUGCGCCCGCGACUGGAACGCCAGAGUCGGGUGGUUGGACGACUCGAGAACUUAAGCGGUAUAUUAGUGGCUUGGAGGGACUGAAUCUGGUUGGUGCUGAUGUGGUUGAGGUCAGUCCGCCUUAUGAUUCGGCUGCGGAGACAACGUCUGUCGCGGCCGCGGAUUUGAUCAUCGAUAUAUUGGCGGCAAUGGUCAAGAAGACAGCUCCUACUUUUGGUCAAGUUAAAGUGAGUGAUAAGGACGAGCUAUGA